AUGGAGAAUGCGCCAGUGGAGGGCCCUUUCGGCCUCUUAGAUUUCAUCUUCUCCGAUUUGGCCGAUGAGAUGACUCCCGUCGACUUCAGCACGCCGGCAAACCUCGAUGCCUUUUUCAACUCCGACUGGGCUAUCCAGCGGCCCUUUAUCCCUGGCUCCUACGAAGCGGACAAGGACAAUCCCUCCAACGAUGCAUUGGUUCAGCAAGCUGCCGUCAGCACACCUGCUGCAACCUCGCGCGUCUCAACGGAGCAGGUGAUAUCUGGUGCCUUCACUCACGGAGCCCUAGACCCAACAACCAGCCAAGCUUUGUCCCGCGUGCCCGAGUUCAUGUCUACUAAGCAAUCUAUCUACACGUGCUUUCACUAUUUGGUUCAUUCUGCUCAAGCUAUCCCCAAUUCGCCCCUCUGCCAUGCCAUUCUCGGAUGGGUGUAUGCCUACCUCGCCCGAUUGAGCGCCGGGACGGCUUCGUCGCGCGAUGAGCACUAUACCGCCGCUUCCGAGGGAAUCCGAGCCUUGGUGACGGAGCUGACCGCGCCGCUCCUCCCUGAGCUAUGGCGGCGGACAAACACAUCAGAACGACUAUCGUCAUACCUCUCUGCCACCUUCUUCGUCUGCCAACAUGACCUUAUGAUGGAAAACUUUUCUUCCUUCAUAAAACGCAUCGGUGAAGCGAAAAUGGUUUUUCAACACCAUUGGGCUGAUCGUACGCUCCCCGGACCGGUAGAAUCCCGGAUCGUCAUCUGGCUCGCUUUCCUUGAGCUGCGCUUCUUCUUCCUCGGCGGCGAACGGUAUGCAUCCACAGAUGGCCAAAAAGUCUUCAUGACGAUAUUGGACGAGGAGACCAAGGCGCUUCCCACACUACGCCGAGCACGCACGCAAAAGUCGGUCCUAAGCGAAAUGUUUCCUGACAACUUACCGCAGGAGGAGGACGAAGAAGACUUGCGCAAAGAUCGAUGCCGUGUUCAGUUUGACGACUUUAUGUGUCACCUCGCUAAGAUGAGAAACUUUGCUGCAUGGGAUGCGAUGCAGGCGCAGCGCCGGGACGCAGAUUCUUCACUGCUCAAGGAGCUGCGCGAAGCAAAGGUGGAAGCGCUGCAUGCGAAUUUGCGCAGACUGCAAGCAGAGUGUGAGCUGGUAAUAUCAUCCAGCAAGGUCUUGCCCUCGAGCGACCGCCCCGUCGACAGCAUAACGUUUCACAUGCUCACAGUCCGUGCUCUCCGAUCCUGCGCCGUCAUCAUGUUCAAGCGCGUGACGGACACAACUUCUCGUACAGACGCCGAGUGCCAGGUUGCUGUCGCCGAUAUUGUGCGGAUCGCGAGACUUCUCCGUCAGAGCAAGUAUCUGCGCUCCCCUCGCUCGACAAUCUGGCCUCUUCCGCUGUACAUUGCCGGGAUCGAGACAACUGAUGGCAUCUACCAGGACUGGAUUCUCGACUACUUGAAAGAGCUCGGUUCGUGGGGCGCACACAUGCAGUUGGCGGCCGAGGGGUUGCAACACACCAUUUCGCUGCAGGAAAAGACUGGCUUUAGGGCACCACUGACGUAUGACUCCAUUAAUCUAUGA